AUGCUCGGCCACCCACGCUUGACCACCCACGCCCAUGCUCGACCACCCACGCCCACCCUCGACCACCCACGCCCACGCUCGACCACCCACGCCCACGCUCGACCACCCACGCUCGACCACCCACGUCCACCCUCGACCACCCACGCCCACGCUCGACCACCCACGCUCGACCACCCACGCCCACGCUCGACCACCCACGCUCGACCACCCACGCCCACCCUCGACCACCCACGCCCAUCCUCGACCACCCACGCCCACGCUCGACCACCCACGCCCACCCUCGACCACCCACGCCCACCCUCGACCUCUGGCAUUUAUGCAUCAUUUUCUGCAUCCCGGAGACUGACGUCAAGACUUGUCAAGUUGUCUUAUGUAGGAGUGAGUAGACAGCCUCAGGAGGCCAGGAACAUCACGAGGCCAGGAACAUCAGGCGGCCAGGAACAUCAGGAGGCCAGGAACAUCAGGAGGCCAGGAACAUCAGGCGGCCAGGGACAUCAGGCGGCCAGGGACAUCAGGCGGCCAGGAACAUCAGGCGGCCAGGGACAUCAGGCGGCCAGGAACAUCACGAGGCCAGGAACAUCACGAGGCCAGGAACAUCACGAGGCCAGGAACAUCAGGAGGCCAGGAACAUCAGGAGGCCAGGAACAUCAGGAGGCCAGGAACAUCAGGAGGCCAGGAACAUCAGGAGGCCAGGAACAUCAGGAGGCCAGGAACAUCAGGAGGCCAGGAACAUCAGGAGGCCAGGAACAUCAGGCGGCCAGGAACAUCAGGCGGCCAGGAACAUCAGGCGGCCAGGAACAUCAGGAGGCCAGGAACAUCACGAGGCCAGGAACAUCACGAGGCCAGGAACAUCAGGAGGCCAGGAACAUCAGGAGGCCAGGAACAUCAGGCGGCCAGGAACAUCACGAGGCCAGGAACAUCACGAGGCCAGGAACAUCACGAGGCCAGGAACAUCACGAGGCCAGGAACAUCACGAGGCCAGGAACAUCACGAGGCCAGGAACAUCAGGAGGCCAGGAACAUCAGGAGGCCAGGAACAUCACGAGGCCAGGAACAUCACGAGGCCAGGAACAUCACGAGGCCAGGAACAUCACGAGGCCAGGAACAUCAGGAGGCCAGGAACAUCAGGAGGCCAGGAACAUCAGGAGGCCAGGAACAUCACGAGGCCAGGAACAUCACGAGGCCAGGAACAUCAGGAGGCCAGGAACAUCAGGAGGCCAGGAACAUCAGGAGGCCAGGAACAUCACGAGGCCAGGAACAUCAGGAGGCCAGGAACAUCACGAGGCCAGGAACAUCUGGAGGCCAGGAACAUCUGGAGGCCAGGAACAUCACGAGGCCAGGAACAUCAGGAGGUCAGGAACAUCAGGAGGCCAGGAACAUCAGGAGGCCAGGAACAUCACGAGGCCAGGAACAUCACGAGGCCAGGAACCAGGAACAUCACGAGGCCAGGAACAUCAGGAGGCCAGGAACAUCAGGAGGCCAGGAACAUCAGGAGGUCAGGAACAUCAGGAGGCCAGGAACAUCAGGCGGCGAGGAACAUCACGAGGCCAGGAACAUCACGAGGCCAGGAACAUCAGGAAGCUAA